AUGGCCGCCCCCCGUAUUCUCACCGGCCCCGAGGUCGCUGCACACGCGAGCCGCGAGAGCUGCUGGAUAAUCGUUCAUGGCAAGGUAUAUGAUGUGACGGACUUCCUGGACGAGCACCCCGGCGGAUCCAAGAUUAUUCUCAAGUAUGCUGGUAAAGACGCGACUGAGGCAUACGAUCCCAUCCAUCCACCGGACGCCAUCACUACCAACCUGCCCGUCGAAAAGCACCUCGGCGCCAUCGAUGCAAGCACCGUCGCAAAGGUCGUCAAGGAGGUGACAGCGGAGGAGAAGACGCGGCUCGCGCUGAUGGACGCGCGCCCGCCGCUCGAGAACAUCAUCAACAUGCACGACUUUGAGAACGUCGCCAAGGCCGUGUUGCCGGCGAAAUCCUGGGCGUACUACUCGUCCGCAUCCGACGACGAGAUCACGCUCCGGGAAAACCGCAUGGCGUACCAGCGGAUCUGGUUCCGCCCGCGCAUCCUCCGGGACGUCGCCGCCGUCGACUGGUCGCAUACCAUCCUCGGCCAAAAGUCGUCGCUGCCCUUGUACAUCUCCGCCACUGCACUCGGCAAGCUCGGGCACCCGGACGGCGAGCUCUGCCUGACGCGCGCGGCCGGCAAGCACGGCGUGAUCCAGAUGAUCGCCACCCUCGCCUCGGUCUCCCUGGACGACAUCCUCGACGCCGGCGUGCCCGGGCAGCCCUUCUUCCUGCAGCUGUACGUCAACCGCGACCGGGAGAUCACGCGGAAAUACGUGCAGCAUGCAGAAAAGCGCGGUGUCAAGGGCCUGUUCAUCACCGUCGACGCGCCGCAGCUGGGCCGGCGCGAGAAGGACAUGCGGAUGAAGGCGGUCGACGACGACGCCGGGGCGAAGGUCCAGGAGGGGCAGGCGGACGUCAAGAAGGACCAGGGCGUGGCACGUGCGAUUUCGUCAUUCAUCGACCCGAGCUUGUCCUGGAAGGACAUCCCGUGGUUCCAGAGCAUCACGAAGAUGCCCAUCAUCCUCAAGGGCAUCGGGUGCGCGGAGGACGCCGUGCUCGCGUACGAGGCGGGCGUGCAGGGCAUCGUGCUGUCCAACCACGGCGGCCGCCAGCUCGACACCGCGCGGUCGGGCAUCGAGGUGCUCGCCGAGGUCGUUGCUGCUUUACGGCUCCGGGGCUACUCACGUGACAAGUUCGCGAUCUACGUCGACGGCGGGGUGCGCCGUGCCUCCGACGUGCUCAAGGCCAUUGCCCUCGGCGCGUCGGCCGUCGGCGUCGGCCGGCCGUUCUUAUACGCCUUCUGUGCGUACGGCCAGCAGGGCGUGGAGAAGGCGAUCCAGAUAUUCAGGGACGAGUUCGAGAUGAACAUGCGGCUGCUCGGCGCCAAGACGAUCGCUGACGUCGUGCCCGCGAUGGUCGAUACGGGGUCGUUGAAGAGCCAUGUCGUGAUGACGCCGGAGGAUAACCUGUUCCGGGAUACUUACCAGCCGCUGGGGCUCGCAAAGUUCAAGGCUUUGUUGUAG